AAAAGAACCAUUCAUUUACAAAGCGGGCACUGGUACCCACUACCUUUCGUGGCAGGACUUAUAUUAUUUAAAGAAACAGGAAAUCCCCUGUAGGAACCAUACAUACUGAGCUGAUCAGUAGUUAAGACGCGUUCAGAACUCCGUUUAAAUUGGAAAGCAGCGCAGGGAUGAAAAGGUCCAGAUAUGAAGACGACUCUAGCACAGUACACUUGGUUCAAGACAGUGGGCAGAAGGAGAGCAAGCUCGCGCGAUCUGAGGUUGAAAAGAUUAUUUCACAUAAGGUUGUGACUGCAGUCGAGCAGUCUGACUACAAGAUGAAGAAUCUGAUGGAGAGAAUCGGUGAGGUGAAUGGGGAACCCAGAUACGAUGCCAGAAUCAAGAAACUGGAAGCUCAUGUAAGGAAGAUCAAACGAAGGGGAGAUGCUAUAUUUGCAUAUAUCAGGAAGUUCAGGUUUUUAGGGAUGCCUCACAGUCAGUCUCCUCCUCCUUUAAGUCCUCCUCUCAUGCAGCCACAGCGAUGCAUCUCUCCGGCUGAACUAAUAAACAAUAUAUUCAGAAGUUCAGUCAAUGGAGGGGGUUUCAGUAACAACGCUUCAGUGUCAUCUGCAGACAAUGAUUGUGAGAUGGCCACAUUGAGAAGACCCAAGAAAGGGUUCUGGCAGAGUUUGCAGUCUAAGAAUCAGGUUGUUGACCUUACAGAAGAAGACACAGCAGCCAGACUGAAUGAAGAAAGCCUGGUUACCCAGCCAUCGGAUCCGAAAUUGGUACCUUCAAAACCAGAACAAGCAAAACCCUCAAGCACACCACCUAUAGCCAUUAAAGAAGAAAAUCAAAAUGUUAUGGAGGAGGACCGUGUCAGUUCUUCAGUACAGUUGGAAGAGGAGGAGUGGCACUCCAAACUCCAUCCAUUCCCAGACACUCCAUUUCCCAAAGAGCUUCCAGUUAUUGCUGCCUCUUAUAACUUGCCCCAGAAGCCAGUGGUGAAACUAGCUCGGAUUGGAAGCACACAAGAACUAGGCAUCGCGUGGAACGUUGAUCGGAAAGAUCCACAUGUAGCAGAGAUGGAAUGCUACUACAUUUACGUUUCCCAUGAACACAAAAACGGCACUUUUUCAGGAUGGAAGUGCCUUGGAGAGAUCAAAGCCAUGCCUCUUCCUAUGGCCUGCAAGGUGUCAGACUGCAAAGGAGAUAAACGACUGUGCUUUAUCGUUGUGGGGAAGGAUAUAUUUGGCCGUUUUGGGCCGUACAGUGAAAUACACUCUGUUGCACCAGGACAAAUGUGAUUCUGCCAACAUUUCUCCAGUGUGUAGAAACUUUUGUUCAUAUAAAGUUUGAAAGGGGGAUGAAUGUUACUCUUUAGACUUAAUUACUCUAAAUAUUUGGAAUAUUUAAUAUGGAAUAUUUUUUUGUUUUGUUUAUUUUAUGUCCAAGUUUUUUUUUUUCUCUCUGCAGAAAAUAUGAAUAGUAUCAGGGAGCCUUGAAAGUCAUUCCUCUUAUAUGAAUCUCACUAACACAACAGUAUUUAGAAAGAAGCUGCUGUCUUGUAUUGUUUAUAUUGGUUAUAAAGUUACAAACUGAUUUCAUUUGCUUCUGGUCUUUAUAAUAUGAGGUUUUCGGCGAUAUGAGUUAACAAAGCAAUCACUAGCCAUAAUAGACUGCGGUGAAAUCUGAUUGUUAAAGUCUAAUGUAAGUGGCAGAAAACCAUUUCUGAGACAACAUUUGUUUUCUGUAAUGACUACAUUUGAGGAUUCUACAUCAUGCUGCUGUAGAAAUCAAUAUAACACUAUACCAGUCACUCUCAAAAAUGUCAUCUUCUGACUUACAAAUGUUGAAGUUAUGAAUUCUGUUUAGUUCCAUUUUCUGCCAUAAAAGGUGAUAUUAUAAUGCUGUCAAUUGAUUAAAAAAUUACUAAUUAUAGAAAUAACUAAUUCCACAUUUUUUUUUUAAAUUAAUCGCGAAUAAUCCCACCUAAUAUUAAAGGUGUAAUGAACUGAGAAAUCAAAAUUCCUUUAAUCUUUUGGCAUAAGUCAAUAAUAUGGAUGCGUUCGAAAUUGCAUACUCAAUUAGAAGGUACUUAAUUUCAAUGAGUACUUAUUGAGCGCUAAAAGAGUAUGUACUCUACAACCAAAUCUCGUUGAGUAUGAAUGCAAUCCGGACUUCAUCCGCCAUGUUGACGUUAUCAUGUGAUCUAUGGCGUAAUAACAAGUGAAACAACUUCUGUAAAUAUUUUGAUGUUGAUGAAAUUUGCUCAUUGUGUGGUCUUGUUUAAGAAACAGCUACCGUUUUAUUGUGAUUGUAGUAUAACCAAUAAAUUUAGGGUUGAUUUAAGUUUUUUAAAUUUUUAACUACUAAUAUGACCCACAGUUUUAUCCUUAAAGAUAUUAUAUUUUAGUAUGAAAACCCCAAAUAGUUUUUUUUUUAAUAUGUUGAAUAUGCAAAUUGUUUUCAUUCACAAGCAAAACUGGCUUAAAAUUUCUUUGGUUUUCUUCUUUUUCUUGUUGAAUUAAUCUCCAUUUGUUUCUUCCAUCAGGCUUAUAAAUAGCAACAACAACAACAAAUUAAAUUUUUCGAUGCAUUAUGAUUAUAUGAAUGUUAUGAUUAUGCAAUUGUGCCUUUUUUCCUGUGUAUAUGUUCCCAUACUAUGAUGCAGACAAACCCAUUAUAUUUAUAUCUUCUAUUAUGGUUGUUCAUUGUUAAAGAUAAAACCAUCUUUCCCUGA